CUCCGCCACGCCCAAUUCACCGUACUCUCUCUCUCUCUCUCUCUCUCUCUACAAUUCUGUCUCUCUCUCUCUCUCUCUCUGUGGUUUGAUCAAGUUAAGAUAUGGCUGACGAAACCCAGAAACCGGCGGCUCCGGAGACUUCGGUGCAAGUAACUGAGGAAGUAGUGGUUGUUUCUGACGUCCCUGUGGCCGAGAAAGAGCUUCCUCCCGCUCCGGAACCCGAACCCGAACCCGAGGCUACUCCGGAGAAACCUCCUGCUGCUGCUGCUGCGGCGGAGGAAGAAGUGGUGGAGGCCGAGAAGUCGAAACCGGCGGCGGAGGAAGAGAAGAUCACUGAAUCGGCUUCUUUUAAGGAGGAGACCAACGUUGUUGGUGAACUCCCUGACCCACAAAAGAAAGCCCUCGAUGAGUUGAAACAACUCGUUCAAGAAGCCCUCAACAAGCAUGAAUUCACAGCUCUACCGCCUCCGCCUCCGCCCCCUGCGGUGGUUGAGGAAGAAAAGAAGGCCGAGGAGGCUGCUCCGGAGACCCCCGCUCCUGAAGAACCCUCGAAACCCGAAGAAGUCCCUGCCGCGACUUCUGCUCCGGCGGAAGAAGUGGCGGCGCCACCCAAGGAAGUGGUUGUUGCUGUUGCUGAAGUGGUUGAGAAAGUCACCGCCGUCAUCGACGACGAUGGUGCCAAAACUGUCGAAGCAAUCGAAGAAACAAUCGUCGCCGUCUCUGCUCCGGCUCCUCCGCCGGAAGAAGCCGCCGUCGCCACGGAGGCUCCACCGGAGGAGCCAAAAGAAGAAGAAUCAGCACCGCCGCUUCCGCCGCCACCACCCGAGGAGGUCUCUAUCUAUGGAAUUCCUCUUCUGGCUGACGAGAGGAGCGAUGUCAUACUCCUGAAAUUCCUGAGAGCCAGGGAUUUCAAGGUCAAAGAAGCCUUCACCAUGUUGAAGAACACCGUCCUCUGGCGCAAAGAUUUCGGAAUCGAGUCCCUGGUUGAAGAAGAUCUGGGGACUGAGCUCGAUAAGGUGGUUUUCAUGCAUGGAUUCGACAAAGAAGGACACCCAGUUUGCUACAACGCUUAUGGGGAGUUUCAGAACAAGGAUUUGUAUCACAACACCUUUUCUGAUGAAGAAAAGAGACAGAAGUUCAUCCGAUGGAGGAUUCAGUUCUUGGAGAAGAGCAUCAGGAAGCUUGAUUUCAGCCCAGAUGGGAUAUGCACUUUUGUUCAGGUCAAUGAUCUCAAGAACUCUCCAGGACCCUUCAAGAGGGAGCUCAGAACAUCCACCAAUCAAGCCCUCCAAUUGCUUCAGGAUAAUUACCCUGAGUUUGUCGCCAAACAGAUGUUCAUCAAUGUUCCAUGGUGGUACCUGGCCUUCUAUAGAAUGAUCAGUCCUUUCUUCACCCAAAGGACCAAGAGCAAGUUUGUGUUUGCAGGCCCUUCCAAAUCUACUGAAACCCUCUUCAAAUACACCGCGCCUGAACAAGUACCAGUACAGUAUGGGGGGCUUAGCAGGGACGGCGAACAAGAAUUCACCACUGCUGAUGUUGUCACAGAGGAGACUAUCAAGCCCGCAAGCAAACACACCGUUGAAUUCCCAGUUUCUGAGGCUUGUACUUUGGUUUGGGAAGUGAGAGUGAUUGGAUGGGAUGUGUGCUAUGGAGCUGAAUUUGUGCCUGGUUCUGAAGGCGGAUACACGGUGAUUAUACAGAAGUCGAGGAAGAUUGUACCAGCCGACGAAACCGUGGUCUCUGGAAGCUUCAAGAUUGGGGAAAGUGGGAAAGUUGUGCUCACAUUUAACAACCAAACCUCAAAGAAGAAGAAGCUACUCUACAGGUCCAAGACCAAGCCUUCUUCUGAUUAAAGAGCUCAAGAAUUAGCUUUGGCUUUGCUGGUAUUUCAAAUUCCUAUUCACUCAGAACAAAAGGGAAAGGAGAGAAGCCAUUGAAAUGCAGGAAUAAGGGGUUCUUUUGAUAUUUUGAAAAUGUUUCAUUUCUUUCUUUCUUUCUUUCUUUUAUUGGUUGAAAUUAAUUUUAAUUUGAAAAAAUUUUAAAAGUGUUGGGGAUUUUAUUUAUAUAAAUAUUUGUUUGGGGAUUUUUCUUUCUUUUUUGGUUUUUAGUUUGGUUUGUAUUUGAAAUAUCAAAGUUGAGAACAAUUUGGAUGUGGAUGGAAGAUAUUUUGAGAUAAUAUAUAUAUAGAGAGAGAAGGAAAGGGGGGUGGAGAUGUGUGGCGUCACAUUUGGCUUGUGGAUAUGAACAUUGUUAGCAUUUGUUUAUACUCUUUUGGGCUGGGCCUGAAUGUAAAAGUUGUGAAAAUUUGGUGAUGUCUUUUACCUUAUCUUUCAUCUUUUGUGGAUGUUAAUGUUAAGAAGUCAUUUGUUCGUUAA